AUGUCGUCCUCACGCUCUAGGGAGAAACAGGAUGUUCCAGAAUGGGCCUACAGACUCUAUUCAGAAGAGGAACCCGAGUUCUGGAUCUACGACAACUACCGCAAGAAUCUAGAGGGGAACCAAGAGUUCACCAUCACCGUGAAGCGUCGCAGCGAGCAUUUCGGCGAGGCGGACUACGUGAAGCUCGUUCUUCUCGAACCGGACGAGUCGAAUUGGCCGGGGGAGUUUUUUCCUGCUGAUAGGCAAACUCAGUUCGCCGGAACCAAGAGGAAGCGCUGGAACGGUUGCAUUUCUAUCACAUUCGACGACCUGGUGAUGAUCACCCCUGGCGUCUUCCGCAUUCAAGUCGAAAUCAUGCAGUAUCGUGGAGGUAGCCGACGCGACAUCCUUCUCGAUGUAUUGACUAGUAAAGAUAUCGAGUUUCCCGAGAUUGCAGUUUGA